UCACCCUCUUCUCUGCAUUUACUCACUCAUAACUUUUGGCAAGCAGAAUUUCUUUUCUGGGCCCCGAUUUAUAUGCGUAACAGAGAUUAAAGAUCGAGUGAUGCAACCCAAUCAACGACUCUCAGAUAAUUCACUGCACAACGCUUUCGUGACCGAUAAUAUUUCGUGACAUGGAGCUACUGCAAGGCAAGGUUGCAGUAAUCACAGGAGGAUCAGGAGGGAUUGGUGAAGCUACCGUAAGGCUGUUUGCUGAUCAUGGAGCCCAAGUCAUAAUUGCAGAUAUUGCGGACGACGCCGGUAUAAAAGUGGCGGAAUCCCUUUCUCCAUGGGCCACAUAUAUUCACUGUGAUGUGAGCAAAGAGCAAGAUGUAAGUGCAGCUGUGGAUCUGGCCAUGGAAAAGCACGGAAAGCUGGACAUAAUGUUUAAUAACGCUGGAAUUACCAACAACCAAAAGGGUAGCGUGGCAGAGUAUGAUAUGCAGGAAUUCGAGCGAGUGAUGAAUAUCAAUGUAAAAGGGGUAAUGCACGGAAUUAAGCAUGCAGCCCGCGUUAUGAUCCCAAAUAAAAAGGGUUGCAUUAUUUCUACAGCCAGUAUUGCAGGUGUAUUGGGAGGAAUCGCUACUUACUCUUACACAGCCUCCAAACAUGCAGUCAUUGGGCUGACAAAAAAUGGUGCAGUCGAACUGGGGAAAUAUGGUAUAAGAGUAAAUUGUAUUUCUCCUUCUGCUAUUGCCACAGAUCUUGUAAACCAGUACUUUGGAAAGAACCCUUCAGCCGAGGAGAAGGCCCAGAGGGCAGCAUCCCGUUACAGCCGGGCCAACUUAAAGGAAGCAACGCUUGAAGCAGAGGAUAUUGCAGAGGCUGUUCUGUAUCUGGCCAGUGAGGAAUCCAAAUAUGUAAGUGGGCAUAAUCUUGUAGUAGAUGGGGGAAUAACGAUUGUAAACAACGACUGGGCACUUUACCGGUAAUCACGUGCAACGUAAAACUAGUUUUACAUAGAACGUAUGUGAACUGGGUAAACGUGAAGAACUUGGUAAGUUUUUGCUGAGCAGUGCUUUUCAUUUAUUGAGAAGCGUUUUGAUUUGCCUAUUAUAUUAGGUUGCGUGCAGUGGCUUACAACUUUCAUAAAGUUUCCACUUUAUAUAUAUGGAAUAAGAUUCCGAGUAUGUUAGCUUCUGUGAGAUUGGAAUAGCCAUGUAGUUGCUUACAACUUUCAGAAAGUUUCCUCUUAUAUAUGGAAUAAAAUUGGCUUUGGAUUAUUAUA